AGCAUGACGACAACAGCGACAGCUACACCCAGCGGCGCAGGAAAUUGUUAGUCGCCAAAGGCAUAGAACAAUCUAGCAUGUUGUGAUUCAAUGUGCCGCUUCGAACUUCUCGGCACCUUCAUUUUGCUCAAACAGGACCUCAUUGAUAGAUUCCAAGGUCGUCGAGGGGACAGAGUUCCGUAUGCAGCAGCAAACGCCUGGUAGACAGAAUCUGCUAAUAUUUACCAGAUGCAAAUCCCCACCAUGCUCCACGAAAUUCUCCUCUCGCUCUCCGGGCACCCCUCCCCUCUCCUCACCGCCGACCACUCAUCCCCCACUUCAAUACUCUCCCCUCCCGAGAAAGCCCUCCUCUCCUCCAUCGCCCACCUAAGCAAUCUCCACUGCAAGCUGCUUGCACAUACAGCUACUAUAGCCGGCUCGCACCCUUCCAGUAUCUGUCAGGCUGUAGCGACGGCUAUCAAAUCGACGCACCUGGCGAAGUUCCAGCGGAAGGUCUUGGAAGUGGAAGAUGGUAUUUUGAGGAAAGAUGCAGGGAUUGUGGGGGCGUAUAACAUUGUGCCGUUGACGGCUAUUGUGGGGGAGUUCUCCGGGUGGACUAGGAGGAUGGAGUGGUUUCUUGAGGUGGUGGAGUUUAUGAUGAGGGGUGGUAGUGGUGGAGGGGAUGGGAAGAAUUGUAGUGGUGCGAUGGUUAUUGAUCGGUUGUGUGAGUCUAUGCAGACGGGAUAUGUGGAUAUUGAAGAGGCGGCAUUGAGUUUGGUGCGGGUUGCGGAGACGGCGUGGUUGAAGCAGGUUUCUGCUUGGGUGCUGUAUGGGAGGUUGCCUAGCUUUGGAAGGGAGGACUUUUUUGUUCAAGUAGUGAAUGGGGAUAUUCAGGAAUAUCAAAGCAGGCCAGAACUAUUACCUGCGUUUGUGUCGACGUCAACAGCAAACUCGUUGCUCUUUAUAGGCCGAUCCCUCAACCACAUUCGAGUCAAAGGUGUAUCUAGUGCGAAGUCUCCUGAAUUGGAUCUGCUAUCAUCUCAUCUACAGCAGCUUUCAACAUUGAAAUUUCCAAUCAACAGCGCACACUUCUCCAGGGUUAUCACUUCCAUCCGGAUUUCGUUAUCUCAGACAACACUGCAAAAACUUCUACCUCUCAGCAAAGUGGUUGAAAUAUUGUCUCUUUUGCGGGAAUUCUUCCUACUUGGUCGUGGCGAGUUUGCAAUUGCCCUGAUCACCGAGGCGGAUGAUAAGAUCAGGUCAAGAUGGAGACGAGCUGAUAAUCUUGGCUACGAUAAGCGAGAUGGGAUGGGCAACAUCGUCGUGAAGGACGGCGAGGUUUCUGCGGUUCUAGCACGCACGUGGGCCGCGAUGGGAGCUCUUCAAGGCCAAUACGAGGAUGAGCAGGACGAAGACGAACUUCUUGAACUCGCCAGAGACCUCGUCCAGCUGUCUAUUACGAAGUCAAGCUCAACGACCCCCUCCAAAGGACAGCAAUCUGCAUCUACGAUUGUUUCCACACCCUUCAAGAAUCUAUUAAUUUCGGUACCUGUCUCGCUAUCACUACAUAUUCCCUCUCCGUUGGAUCUGUUUCUCACGCCUGCGGAUGUCCAAACCUACUCGAGUGUUAAUGCGUAUCUCUUGUCGAUACACAGAGCACAUCUGCGUCUGACAGAUCUUUGGAAAAUUACUUCACUACGCCGAGAUCACCCGGCUCCACCAGGGCCUCCUUAUGGCAGCUCGACUGCUGGGCGAAAUAAAGUCCGAACAAUGCGAAAUCGUGGUAAAGAGCGAUCCCAAGCCAUGCGUAGCGUCUGGGCAACUAGUAGCGCAGCUGUUUUCUUCCUGGGGGAGACAGAAGCAUAUCUUCAAGGAGAAGUUGUUAAGGGUACAUGGGAUGGCUUCAAGACCUGGCUUGGUGGCGCACAGUCGCGACCCACCUCUGCAAAAAGCUCAGGUGACGACGGCGACGAUAUAUGGCUCCAAGCAGCACGAGAACCACGCCAACAAGCUGGGAAUAUAAACACUCAUGAUCCACAGACUCUCGCCGACGCCCAUAGGAGAUAUCUAUCCGCGCUGGCGACAAGUCUACUCCUAACAAAUUCCUCAUUCACCGAUCCACUCUACCACCUCCUUCAACAAAUCGACCAUCUCGUCGCUCUAGUCUACCGCGUCCACUCUAUCUGGCAGUCACUAGAUCUGGAAACCGAUGAGGGUGUCGUCGAUGCCUUCUCGGAUUUCCACAAGGAGGAGAGGGAUAUCAAAGAGCAGCUGGUUACUGUUGCGAAUCGGGUGAAGAGCGGGAUUGAGGAAUUGGUUAAGAAUUUAAGGGAUAUUGAUCAAGAGAAGGAGGGCUGGGAUAAUGGUUUUGCGGAAUUGGUACGUGGCGAGGAGGGCGCGUAUGUGCCGACUAAGGUUGGGAGGGUGGAUCGGUUGUUGAUGAAAUUGGAUUUUGGGGGAUGGUUUGAUGGGGCGAAGAAGGAUGGGGUAGAUCUUGGGUUGGGGGGUGAUGAUAGUGAUUAUGACAUAUGAGGGAUGAGGGAUGGGGCAUAUAUGUAUGUACGUAUGUGUGUGUAUACCUGGUGAUACGAUACCCCGGCGUUUGGAAGGCAUUGUGGCAGGUAUUAUGGCAGGCACGAAUGAACAAUUUAUGAUAUUCAUGACGAUUGGUCAAUUGUUCUCGCGGAACGAGAAUGCAAACAAAAAGAACCAAAGUGACUGACGUCGAAAUAUAUCUAGAAGAAGAAAAAAC